AUACGUCAUAGACUGUGAGUGGAUUUCAAAUUAUGAUGUAAUUUACUGGUGUAAGUUGUAAAACACGGAGAAGGCGACAAUAAUAAGUUUAUUUAAUUACAUUAUGAGUUUCUAAUUUAAGAAAAAUACGCAGUAGGAGAAGAAAAAGUUGUUGCUGUAUCAUCCAGAUAGUGAUUACCUUAGGCUGCCAGUUAGUGAAAACUCAAGUACAAGUGUUUCCAGUUGAACAUGGGAGAAAAUGACAGUGUGCGUAAAGAUACAUCUGACUGGGAAGAAGAACAAGAAAUAUUGAAGAAAAAACUUUACUUAAGGGACACAGAAUUAUGGCAGAAAAUACUUAUACGGUCAGAUAAUUAUACAGACAGAAGUCAGCCAGUUACUGGUCAGCAUUUGCUGAUCUCGGACAAGUUUGACAACAGUAGAGAAAAUACGGAUAGUGAAACAGAACUUUGUCAUUUAUUGAAGAUGGUUCAUGGUACAGAAAAACACGAGCAGUCAAAUGAUUCACCUGUAGACCUUUCCAAGACACCCUGUUCUAGUGUAUUGUCCUUUAUUGGUGGACUUGAUAUAUCUUAUACAAAAGACAACAGUAAUGCCUGUGUCGCUCUUGUUGUCAUUUCUUACCCUGAGCUCAAGCUAGUGUAUGAAAGCUGUUUUAUGAUAGAAGUAACCAAGCCCUACGUUCCAGGAUUCCUCGCUUUUCGAGAAGUAGAAUUUUUCACGAAGGCUGUCAGUGAAUUAAAGGCUAAAUCCUCAAAGUUCUUUCCUCAGGUAUUAUAUUUACUUUAACUGAAGUUUCUUCAACAGCUA